GUUACCAAAACAAUAUGGCGGCAAUAGUGGUAUCUAGCCCCGGAGUUAUGCUAUUAUUUUCGUGAUUUCGCAGGAUUCUUUUCGAUGGGGACCUUAUCUGAGCUGAAAUCAAUUCCAGGGACUCUGAGUAUGAAUUGGAGAUCUUUUGUUAAACAAUCUGCGAUGUAACUACCAAGGGAUAAUAGAUUACCAUAAUAAUGGACGACGACAACGAUGCGAAAGCAGUCAUGGUCACAGGAGCUUAUUCAAAACAGUACCGAGGUCUGCAGUCACAGCAAUUUGAUCAUUUGAAACAGCUGGAGUAUGACAGCAAAGCAGACUCCCUGGCCAGGUCUAAAAAGCUUACCUAUGAGACCAAUAAACGUAGAAGGGCGCUUGCAGCCAAACGCAGGGCUGAAGCAGAUCGCGAGGAAAAGAGGAGGAAAUUAAUUUUAAGUAAACGACGUGAGCAGCAGAGAGAAGCAACAGAGCGUUAUCAAAGAUCUCAUGUUUCGUCACGUCCAAACAGUCAUACUGGAGGAAACACAUCCCCAAACCGAGCGCUUGAGGAUACCCUACGUCUGGUGCGAGGAUCCUUGUCUAGACAGAACAGUACAGGAUCCAUGAGUUCUGUGUCAAGACAAAGCAGUACAGCAUCUAUGGGCUCAGGUGGCCGCUCAAAUAACAAAGACCCUCUUCAUCGCCCUUACUUCAACAAGUAUGCUAGUACACACCAUCCUCCCUCUCCAGGGGAUGUGCAUAAGUCUUCUAGGCCCGGCAAGGAAGCAGAAAAACGUGAAAAACUCCAUGAUAAAAGUUUACGCAACCUUUCAAAUAGCAGAAGUCUGUUUGAACAACAACUUGAACAUCACCAACAAUUACUGGUACAGGAUCAGCAACAGUCAUUGUACGAAUUCAACAAUGCCAUCAUGCAGGAAAUUGCAUCAGACAGGAAGGUUCAGGGAGAGGAGGAGGUGGAUAUAGGAGGUAUGGUUCACAGUGACAGUCUAGACAGUGUGGAUAGCCUCGAAGGCUCUGACAGUACUCCCAGGGGUAAGGGAUAUGGGUCACUGGGGCGGGGUGUAGACGAUGAACCUGCAAACACAAGUGAAAUAGUCUAUGAUGCAAAUCAGAACUUGAAAGAUAUGAACAACAUGCAACGUAAUAACAGUGAUUAUAGUGAACAGCAUUAUAUGAACAACCAAUUUAAUGCACGCAAUGAUCUUAUUUCAAAUGACCAACGGACAUUCUAUUUGGAAACAAAUGCCAGAAUUGAAUCCUUUAAUGUUGAUCAUGUACCUUAUCCUCCCUCAAGUCCAAGGAGUGUUCAGAAGUCGGAAACCCGUCCAAAAGCACAUGUUCGUGCUUGGGCUACUCCUUCUCCUGUAGACCAGGCAAGUGCUCGGAGUAAUUCUGUGUAUUCUGAUGCUUCUAAUAUGGCCACCAAAAACAAUCCGUUCGCUGUGCGUAAUACUAUGACGUCAGUGACAACUACUACUGCCUAUGGUAAAGGGCUGACUCCAGGGGUUCACAAUUAUGUUCAGAGCAAUGCUUGGACAGAAGAGGCUGACAGCCUUCAACAACAGUACACAUCAAACCCUCAAAGGACUAAUAACUCCAACCAGCCCUAUGUCAAUGCUGGGAUGUAUUCUCAGGCUAGUGUACCAUAUACUUCAGAUCAAAAUGUAUCUAGUGCAUACCAACCUCGGCCAGUAAAUUCUACAUGUGAUAGUUUUGGUGCAAAACAGGUGCUACAAAAUGGCGUAAGUUGUAAUGCAGUUCUGUCUCCAUCUCAGCCACAGCCUGUGUAUAGUAAACCAAGUACAACACAAGUACAACACGAGUCUGGGAAAAACCUGGAUUUCUUAGAGACAGUGACUAAUGGAAUGUUGGAGGUCACCAACGACCCUCCAGUGUCUACCCCCCAAACUGGGAGUCGUUUACCUCGGCCUGUCAGCUCUACAAAAACUAAUGUAGCACCAUCCAGUGUUUCUCUCCCAAAACCAACACCCCCAGUUAUAGUAAGUUCUCCGCAGAACGGAGUACAAUCCUCCUCACGGCCCCCUGUAUGUACCGUAAAUACAGCUACAACGUCCAGCUUUGGCUAUGUUCAUGGUAAAAUGGCUGUGUUGCCUGAUCAUCCGGCUGUACAGGUGCGUCAUGUAACAUACCAGACAUUCCGUGCAGAAGAACCUCCUUCUGUUGUUGGCAUUCAAAAGAAAGCCAAGGAUGACAUUGAACUGGCAAAAUCCUCAAAACUAAAGGAUGAUAUGGCAAUGUGUGAAGGAGAUGGUGUACAGGGUAUCCUAAAGCGACGACCUCCCUCAGGAGGGAUACUCAAAAAAGCUGAUUCCACUGGUAGUAUGAAUAAGAAGUUUGAUGUCCGGGACAGUUUAGAAGUGACAAGGGCUCACCUUCAGCAGGACAAAAAUUCACCAACCCUAAAGAAGAAAAGUGUAAGGUUUGCUGAUCAUGAUUUAUAUGAAGAUGAGGAUGAAGCUGAGCAUACAGAUAGUGAUUACUUAUCAAGAAAACCAGGUUACUCCAAACGUCCUGUAUCAGCGAAGGCAGUGAUGCAGACCACUCCUACAGAGCCCACAGGGAAACCUCCGCGUGUGGCCAGUGCUGGUGUUCAUCGUACAUGGAUUGGGCCUCAGAAACAUAAAUCAACAAUACGACCACAGGCUGCUGCUCAUAUUAUAACUCAUAAUAGAACACCAGUGUCAGGGCUCAAUGGCACACCAGAAAAAGCUGUCACUGUUACAAACAAUAAUUUCAUGAGUAAAGUUCCGGUGCAGAAUGGGAAAGCCUCCAAUUCCUCUAAUGUGCCGGAGGUAACUGUAUUUAAUUUAGCCAGAUUAAAUAAUGCUGUUGCUACUUCUAAUAAAAAUGAGACAAAUUCCCAUCAUCAACAGCCAUCUGCCAGUCAUUCACCUCCAUCUCAAGGGGUCAGUGUUGGUGGUAAAUCAUAUGAUGCACCUGUAUAUGAUGAAAAUGGGAUGCGAAUUGACCGUACGCCGACAGAUGACGAGAUUAACUUCCUCUGGGACAAAGUACGAACUUGUCUGAAUCGUAGUAGUACUACUGGACAAAAUGGUGUUGUUGAACCUGAGAAACCUAUCCAGUCAAAUGAACAGCAUCAGUCCCAGCCUCGACAGGCAGCUACCAUGUCACAUACAUAUAUUGAUGGAGCAGCCCUGGGACAGAUGUACAACACUCGCGUUGCUCCGUCACAGCCUCACACACAGCCAUUCUCCAACCAGAAUUCCUUCCAGAGAAAACCUGCCAGUGCUACAGAUCAGGCGCGCAGGUAUGGACUUCUUCAGCAGCGGAGACAACACAACCCAAACAGCAUGGGUAAGACCCCGACCUCGGCACCCAGUAGAGAGUUCAUCACCUACCAUGGCCCUGUCAUGAGCAACACAGAACCUCAACAAGGAAUACCGCCAUCUUUGCCUCCAGAUGCCAGUGAAAGUAUGGCUGCCUUCAUGGUAGCCGAGCAGUUAACUCAGCAUUCUUUGUCUGAAAGCCAGAUCAAUGCGGCAAUGGAGGAGGCACAAAAAAGACAGCAGGUGAACAACAAUGCCAGACCAAACCAAAAAGUGCCUUCAGCUUUGUCUAUUGAAGAGAAAAGACUGCUAGAAUCAUUGGACCGACUUAAUGAGAAAUUGAAAAUUUCAGAGUUUCCUGGUACUUUACCUCCCCAGCCGAAUAUGCCACAAGCUCCCCCUCCUCACCAGUUUGUCUAUACUCAUUGCAUAUGGUCACCUAAUACAAAUGGAUUCAAGGGAUCAAAGCCUUUACUUUCACAACAGAGAGGAAAUUCCAGAGGAGGUUCCACGACUACUCUGCGCCCAACAAAUAUACGCUUCUAAUGUAUAGAGCUAUAGCCAUGUUUUGGCUGAAAUGUAUAUUAGAAUUUAGAAAGUAUGUGGCAUAUUAUUAUUCCAUCCACAACUAUGCUUUUAAGUAGUAGUUAUCUAUGCAACUUGCUGUUCUAAAGACACAUGUUCUAGGAUGUAUAUACAUGUAUAUGGCCAACAGGCACGCCGCAUCCAACAAAUACAUUCCCCUGUAGAAUGUAUACACCCAGUCACAAAAUUCUUCUGCUUGCAAAGUUCUGAACUGGUGCAAUCCUGACUCUUGUCGGGGACACUGACUGAGAGUCGGAGGGUAUAAGAUCAUCUGUGAAUUGGCAAAAUCUUAUGAUAGCGGACCAGAGGUUCAGUCAAGAAAACAUCAAGUGCAUUCCAUCAAUAGAAAAUGUAAUGUUCAGGAACCAUUGAUGCUUGCAUAAGUGUGUUUUCGUAUAAAUACCAUGUGGUGGGUAAUAUGAUCGGCAAUAGUCAUUAAGACAAUAAGUGCUGUAGAAGUAAUUAUAGAGUUACAUCCCCUUUCCAAUGAUUACAGUGUAAAAAGCUUGCAGGGCUUUUAGGGGAUAUGUAUUGCUUUAACAAUAAUAAUGUACUUAUUAUGCUUGUUAUUCUUACUACACAAAGUUGUAGAAUUGGGCACUAUCAAGUCCAGUAACACACCACAUAUGGAAUCUGAUCAGCUAGUGUGCCAAAUCUAGAGGUUUAUAUAACAUGGAUGUAAAACUCAUUAUUAUAACUGGUGAAAUUUUGUCGUUGAAAAUCAAGUGUUGUGAAAAUUGCUUUUCUACAGGCAGUUUAUUGGUGAAACAAAACAAAGCAUACAGGAAGGGUAGUAUGACAAAGUAUUACAAAAAGUUCAGGGGAAGAAGGGUCCUGCUACUUAUCCUUGGAUUAAAAGGACUUAAACCUGCCAGAGUCUGUAAUAAUGAGUAACUUUUAUCUAUUUAAUCAAACUAAAGUAUAGAUCAAAAACAUUGUUUUAGGGAAUGACAUAUCCACAGUUUAGGGGCAUUAUGUACUGUGAAGGCUUUUUUUUUUUAAUUUAUAAAUAUUAAUCUCUUGUUUCUACAGUAAUGGUAGUCAUUGUAGUCGUAAUAUCAUUAGUCGAAAGGCCCAUUGUAAGAUCAAAAUCAAUUCUUCUUAAGCACGGAUAAAAUUUAGUUUUUAGUUAUUCCUUAAAGCAAUUCUGAGAACAAAAUUUCAUUAAAUCUGGAUUUUGAUGAAAUUGUUUUAAUUAAUGUGUUAUUGGAUAAGAUAAGAAAAAUAAAUGGAGUAAUUGAUCUAAGUCGUACAAAACCAUUUCACAUCCCAAAGAUCUAGAUAUCCUAGACAUGUACAUGUUACUGGAGAAGGUUCAUUUUUGUUGAGCAUUACUCAAUUAAAUUAUGUUUUAUUCUACUUGAGGUGAUCUUUGGCCCCAUGGGUCAAUUAACUUGUUUUGUUUAAUACAAAUUUAUUUACAUUUUUAUGUUGUAUUUGAUAUAUACAUUCCAUGAUGUAUUGUGAUAAACUUACUUAAUUUCCUUAAUAUAUAUAUAUUAUUUCACAUGGUCUACUGUUCCAUAAAGCAAUUGUGAUACACGUGUAGUUCAUAGGUUACUUGCUACAAAUGUUGUAGUUCAUUAUAUCAUGAAUUACAUUUUAAUCCCAGACUUCAGUUUAUACCUUUUCGCUUCUAUUUUAAUUGAUAUCACAGUUUUACUAUGUGUUACUAAAAAAGCUAAAAACAGUUUUAAGAAUAUUACGGUAAAUUGAACACUGGUUGUUACAUCCAUUAACUGAGUGUUUUCUUCUAGAUUUAAACAUCUGGGUAUUCCUCUUUUUUUUUCUUAAGAGUUUUCUUAAUAGUCGUUGUAUUAUUAGCGGUGUACAAAUGUAUAUACUUUUUAUUCUGGCAUGGAAAUUUUCUGACAAGGAGCAAUGUUGCUUGUGGCUCAUUGCUGAUACAUCAUAUCCUGAAAAGUAUAAAAAUGACCCUGCAAUGAAAAAUAUUUCAUACUUUAAUGAAAUGACUGCUGAGGCCAAAGAUUUUAAAAUGAUUUUGAAGUUUUAUCUUAAGAAUCUUUCUUUUGCCUAACAUCAUUAGAAGACCAAGUAUAUUAAUAUGGAUAUGUUAUCUUAUAGUCUUAAACAUGAAUAUCCCAUGUCAUAUUUAAAACAAUAAUUUUUUAUGUUAUUGCAUUAGGCUGGAAAAACACUCAUUAGAUUAUAUAGCAAUGCUUUUAGGCUAUCAUAUUACAGGAGAAUUUUGUUUUAUCUGUGUCCUCUACAAAAGUCACUUCCUAACGGUGUUUUGUACACAACUGUAAAGGAUGUGAACAUACACUGAUUACAGUGAUGAAAAGAUCUUAAGUAGAAUAUGCAUAUAUGUCUUACCUCUUACAUAAUUUUACAAUUAAUUUUUUAGUUGACAUCAAUAACUUUUAAUGUACAUUUCUUCAUGCUUCAUUCCUGUAACUUGUCAUUUCAAUAUUACCAGAAUUUACCUAUAAGCUGUCUUUCGAGCAAAUCUUUUUGAUCUUACUUUACAGUCUCGGUGUAAGAUGGGAUCGUCUUUUAUUGUCAUGAAUACACACUUUUAAAUGGUCAAAUUAUCAUAGUUUUAAUAGAAGUCCUGUUUAAGAUUCUGAAACCAGUGUUUUUGGGUCUAUGAUGUAAUGUCCUUGAAGGCCAGAAAAAUAAGGUUAGGUUUCAUUACUUAGAUAUGGAAGUGAGACAACUAGAAAUAAUACUGAAAGUUGUCAUGUUAUGCAUAAUUUUCAUUUGCAUAUUUUAUUUGUAUUUAAAAAACUAAAAUCAGUAGUGACCCAUAUCCGUCCUCAAAAGUCUCUCUGAUCAUUUCACUCUGUCAUAGACUAGUGUGAAGUUUUUUUUACGUUUUGAAGAAAGUACCUCCUUAAAUUGUUAGUAAAUGUAUUGUAAUGAUAUUACAUACGCAGCUCAAUGCUAUUCUCGUAAGAUGUACAAGCUUUUACUCCUAUGAUGAAAGUUUUGAACUUGAAGUCAAAAACAAUGUCUUACAUUUUUUCAAUUUGUGGUUUUAUGCAUUGGUAAUUUAUUUUUCAUCUGUUGGAAAAAAAUGUCAGAAAGUGUCUUAACUGUAUUUGUUGAAUGUUAAAAAGAUUAAGUAACUAUGUAUUUGUCUGGUGAUAAAAUAUGAUAGUACACUGUAAAUAUACAAAUGUAAUUACCUGGUAUUAUAAAGAAAAACAAAAUCACUGAAAAGUAAUAAAUCUUAAAUGGAAAAAAUCUCAAGUGAUGUAGCUUAAUGACAUUGUACCAAUUAUUUUUCAGGUUUUUACCUUAUUAAAAAAUUGACUACCAAAACAGUAAGGCACUGGCAAGGAUGCUAAAUCAUAUAAAAAUUGACCAAAAUAUAUUUUCUAUGCAUAUGUAUGUUUCCAGAACUCCAUGAAUUUUGAAUUGGAAAUUCAAUCCUGAUUUAAUUAUUUUCUAUUUCUUAAACAUUUUCUGACACAUACAAUACCUCAAUUUUAGUCACAGGUAUCUAAUCAUUUUCAUUUAUAUCAGCAGCAACUUUAAUCUUUCAAAUUCGUGUAGUCACAAUUAAUUAUCAUGUAAUACUAGUCUCUAUGUGUUUUAACAGUAAACUGGUCAUACAGUAUUUCUAUUUUCUGUUGAUAUGUAAUCCGUCCAUCUUGUAACACAAGUUUCAGUGUAUUUGACAUCUGUCAGUAUUUUUGUUCCGUCCACCUGGAAUUGUGCAUGUCCUAAUGUAGUAACUUAAAAGCACAAAUUGUCUUUCAUCGGCUUGUAUACAACGUAACAGAAGGUAGAGUAAAAUACUGUAUUUAUUCUGAUAAAUGUCAAAGAAGCUGAACAGUUUUCUAAGGGAGCCUUUAUGUGUCCGGAGUGUACUUAUUAGAAUAAAUACGGUAGUAUGUAUAGUGCUUUUCAUUGCACUUACUGAAUUAUUUUAUUGUUAUUUUAUUUAAUUGCUACUGAUAUAGUACCAUGCAAAUAUUUAUUUUACAGAAUAAAAAUAAUAGCAUACUAAA